AUGAAAUCCAUCUGGGUCACAGCUGUAACUCUCGCCGCUGGCAUGCUUGGGAGCCCACUCGCUGCGGCGGGCCCACAGCUCCAGACAGAGAAGAGACAGAUUGGGAACGUGUCUACCGUCCUCCCAGACCUCCUCCGUGAGAUCCAGUCUCAGACCGGUGCCAUAGACGACAUCCUCGAUCUGCACCCAGGCCCCAUCACGGGCGAUGUGGCCAAGCAAGUUGCCAACGUGGUCGGCGCUCACUUCGGUAACAUCACCGGGGCCCUGCGCGCCGCCCACCUGGACUUGAAGCAACUGAGCAACGACACCCAGCUCGUCGACGAGGUUGGCAACCCAUGCGACGUGACAUGCAUCGUAGACAAGACCAAGGGGGUCGUCGGGCACGCCGGCGCGACGACCCGCAAGUCACUCCUGAAGCUCGGCCUGCACCUCGUGGGAAAGCACGUGAGCCCCUUCUUCCUGGCCCUGAGCGGCAUAGUCCUGACGCUGAACACCCUCGUCGGCGGGGCGCUCGCCGCCGUCGCCGCCUUCGUCAACGGCGUCGGGCUGGCCAUCGCGGCCGGGCUGGCCUACCUUGGCCACCUCGUGUCCGAGAGGGAGAAGAUGAGGGCCGGGGGCCCGAACGGCCACCUCACCAAGGUGAUCGGCGACAUCAUCGGCGACACGGUGGUCGCGAAGCUGGGCCUGUGA